AUGUCUACGACUACUGCUAGCGCCAACGCUACUCAAAUGAAGUUUGAAGAUUCCUCUGAAUCUUCAGCAAUGCCUGCAAACCCCGUUGUUCCCGCCGCUUCUUCUUCUACGCCAACCGUGCCGGCAUUGGGCAAGAUGACCGAGGAGACGAAGAAGAACAACAAUGUUUUGUCGCCUUUCCACAUCCACUCGAGUGUGUUGGACUCUGUCUUUAGCACUCAAUUGGACGGCAAGGAUGACGCCAUUGAUCAUACUCCCAUGUUUGAUGAAUUGGACUUUAUUGUUGACGGAGCCAAUGUCAAUUCGAAAGAUGAGUGGGUGGCUCUCUUUGACGAAGCAGCACUUUUUGCUGGUUCCGAGGAGCUUGCUGCUCAAGAAGAUGCUUCGCAGCCCUUGUUAUCUUUAGAUGCUGGAGCUGGAGCCAAAGGUGGCUUGUUGGAAGAUUCCAUGUUGGAAGCCUUGUUGGUUGAACCAUCUCCCAAUGGUUUAUCCGACGAGACGGUUUCCGCUGCCACUACUUCUGCCUCGAGCCCCGAAUUGGCUGCAAGCAGUAUAUGUACUAGUGUUGCUCCCUCAACAACAUCUAGUGGUGUCAAGCGCACUUUUUGCAAAGUUGACAAUUCAACCACCACCACUGGCAGAACACAAGCUCAGUUGUUUACUCCCAAUCCUUCUUCGACUUUGCCAACACCGCAGUUGGAUGUCAAGAGGCCAUCUUUGAAAAAGACCAAGGUUGACCACUUGGGUUGCGUCACUUACUCCAAGAAGCAAAGAACGCAGUCUUUGCAGCCGAUUGAUUUUACCGAAAUUGAGGACUCGACCGCGUUGAAGAGAGCCAAGAAUACCGAGGCUGCGAGAAGAUCUCGUGCUCGUAAGAUGGAGCGGAUGUCGCAGUUGGAAGACCGCGUGGGCGACUUGAUGGCUGAAAAUGACGCUUUGCAAAGUGAAGUUGAGAGAUUGAAGGCUUUGCUUGGCUCUCAUGGUAUAUCCUGUUGA